GCUGCGGGCCUAAAUGACCUUUACGAUUUUACGAAACGUACUUGCCGACACUCCCUCACAUUCUGCUGAGAGUCAUCAAUUAUGCAGGAAAACUGCUCGCGCUGAGGGGGAAGGUAGCAGCAACAAUAUGGCGACAACCGCAGUUUCUCCCCAAUCUUUUCCACAUCUGCAGUCCUGCAACGGCUCUCUGGAUUCAUUGUAACGCUUACAAAAGCUGCUACUGUGGAUGGUACAAACCUAAAGACCAAGUAGCUGCAGGAUGAAAACAUGGCUGCACCCCUUCUUGCACCGCCAGGACCUGACAGCUUCAAGAAGUUUACUCCAGAAUCUUUGGCGGUCCUUGAGCAGCGCAUCCAAGAGGAGAAGAACAAAAAGCCACCCAAGCAGGACAGCAGCUACCGCGACGAUGAUGACGAGAACAAGCCCAAACCCAACAGCGACCUGGAGGCUGGGAAGAGCCUGCCCUACAUCUAUGGGGACAUCCCUUCGGGAAUGGUGGCGGUACCACUGGAGGAUCUGGACCCAUACUACCUGAAUUCACAAAAAACAUUUAUAGUGCUAAAUAAAGGGAAGACAAUCUUCCGUUUUAGUGCCACACCUGCCUUGUACUUCAUAAGUCCUUUUAAUCUGGUUAGGCGAAUAGCUAUUAAAAUUUUGAUACAUUCUCUUUUCAGCAUGAUCAUUAUGUGUACUAUUUUGACCAACUGUAUAUUCAUGACCUUUAGUGAUCCCCCUGAGUGGUCAAAACAAGUAGAGUACACAUUCACAGGAAUUUAUACGUUUGAGUCUCUUGUAAAGAUCACUGCGCGAGGCUUCUGUAUAGAUGGGUUUACAUUCCUAAGAGAUCCAUGGAACUGGCUGGAUUUCAUGGUCAUUUCGAUGGCAUAUAUAACAGAGUUUGUGGACCUGGGCAAUGUAUCUGCGCUGAGAACAUUCAGAGUUCUCCGAGCAUUGAAAACUAUCUCUGUCAUUCCAGGCCUGAAGACCAUUGUGGGCGCCCUGAUCCAGUCUGUGAAGAAGCUUUCGGAUGUGAUGAUCCUGACUGUCUUCUGCUUGAGCGUCUUUGCCCUCAUUGGUCUCCAGCUCUUCAUGGGCAACCUGCGCCAAAAGUGUGUGAUCUGGCCAAUCAAUACCAAUGAGAGUUACCUAGCCAAUGGCAGUAAGGGCUUUGACUGGGACGAAUACAUCACAAAUGAGACCAACUUCUACUUCCUGCCUGGCCAGUUGGAUGCUCUACUCUGUGGGAACAGCUCAGACUCUGGCCGCUGCCCGGAGGGCUACACAUGCAUGAAAGCUGGGAGGAAUCCAAACUACGGCUACACCAGCUUUGACAGCUUCGGCUGGGCCUUCCUGGCUCUCUUCCGACUCAUGACACAGGACUUCUGGGAGAACCUUUACAUGCUGACCCUCAGGGCAGCAGGGAAGACCUACAUGAUUUUCUUUGUCUUGGUAAUCUUUGUGGGUUCAUUUUACUUGGUGAAUCUGAUCUUGGCUGUGGUAGCCAUGGCCUAUGAGGAGCAGAACCAGGCCACCAUGGAAGAGGCCCAGCAGAAAGAAGAAGAAUUCAAGGCCAUGCUGGAGCAGCUCAAGAAGCAGCAGGAAGAAGCUCAGACUGCUGCAAUGGCAACCUCUGCAGGCACAGUGUCAGAGGAUGCGGUAGAGGACGACGGAGGAGGGCGCCUGUCCUGCAGUUCCUCUGAGAUGUCAAAGCUCAGCUCCAAGAGCGCUAAAGAGCGCCGCAAUCGUAAGAAGAAGUGGCGGCAGAAGGAGCAGGAGAAGGAGAAAGGCGACAGUGAGAAGUUUGUCAAGUCCGAGUCGGACGAUGGGAGCAAAAGGAGCCGCUUCCGAUUCCCGGAUAACCGCCUGGGCCGAAAGUCUUCCAUCAUGAACCAGUCUCUUCUGAGUAUACCCGGCUCGCCCUUCCUCUCACGCCAUAACAGCAAGAGCAGCAUCUUCAGUUUCAAGGGCCGCAGCAAGGAUGUGGGCUCGGAGAACGAAUUCGCCGAUGAUGAGCACAGCACCGUCGAAGAGUGUGAGGAGCGUCGAGGCUCCCUUUUCAGCCCAUACAGGCGGAGCAGCUACACCGGCUUCCAUGGCAAGAGGAACAGCACGGUGGACUGCAACGGCGUGGUGUCGCUCAUCGGCCCCGGGCCUGGUGGACGCCUUCUGCCUGAGGUGAAAAUAGAUAAGGCAGCUACUGACGAAAGUCCGACUACUGAGGUUGAGGUGAAGAAGAAGCUGUCGGGCUCCCUGAUGGUGUCUGUGGACCAGCUCAAUACCUCCUUUGGGCGGAAAGAGCGGGCCAACAGUGUCAUGAGCGUCAUUACCAACACACUAGUGGAGGAACUGGAGGAGUCUCAGCGAAAGUGUCCCCCAUGCUGGUAUAAGUUUUCUAACACAUUCCUGAUCUGGGAGUGCUCCCCCAUGUGGAUUAAGAUCAAGGAGAUUGUGAACCUAAUAGUCAUGGAUCCCUUUGUGGACUUGGCCAUCACCAUCUGUAUCGUCCUAAACACCCUCUUCAUGGCCAUGGAGCACUACCCCAUGACUCCUGACUUUGAGGAUAUGCUGAGUGUAGGAAAUCUGGUUUUCACGGGGAUCUUUGCAGGAGAGAUGCUUUUCAAGCUUGUGGCUAUGGAUCCGUACUACUACUUUCAGGAGGCCUGGAACUGUUUCGAUGGAUUCAUUGUGACGCUGAGCUUAGUGGAGCUGGCUCUGGCUGACGUUGAGGGCCUCUCUGUCCUGCGGUCAUUCCGCUUGCUCAGAGUGUUUAAGCUGGCCAAGUCGUGGCCCACUCUCAACAUGCUGAUCAAGAUCAUUGGUAACUCAGUGGGAGCCUUGGGAAAUCUGACUCUGGUGCUGGCCAUCAUUGUCUUUAUCUUUGCUGUGGUGGGCAUGCAGCUGUUUGGAAAGAAUUACAAAGACUGUGUGUGUAAGAUCUCUAGUGAAUGUGAGCUGCCCCGAUGGCACAUGAAUGACUUCUUCCACUCCUUCCUCAUCGUCUUUCGUGUCCUGUGUGGUGAGUGGAUCGAGACCAUGUGGGACUGCAUGGAGGUGGCCGGCCAGGCCAUGUGCCUAAUCGUCUUCAUGAUGGUCAUGGUCAUCGGUAACCUGGUGGUUUUGAACCUGUUCCUUGCCUUGCUGCUGAGCUCCUUCAGCGCUGACAACUUGGCGGCAACAGAUGACGACGGUGAGCCAAACAACCUGCAGAUUUCUGUCAUGCGCAUCAAGAAAGGCAUUGCAUGGAUAAAAGCCAAGAUGAGAUUACUGGUGGCCAGUCUGCUGAGGAAACCACCGAUGGAAGAUGAGCAGAAGCCUUUGGAAGACAUGUAUGACAAGAAACUGAACUGUAUCGCUAAUCACACUGGGGUGGACAUCAACCGUGACCUGGAUUAUGCCAAAAAUGGUAAUGGCACCACCAGCGGUAUUGGCAGCAGCGUGGGCAAGUACAUGAUCGACGAAGACCACAUGUCCUUCAUCCACAACCCAAAUCUCACAGUUUGUGUACCAAUAGCUGUGGGAGAGUCCGACUUUGAGAACCUCAACACAGAGGACUUCAGCAGCGAAUCAGAUAAUGAGAACAGCAAAGAGCUGGAUGAUACGAGUUCUUCAGAGGGCAGCACCAUCGACAUCAAGCCAGACGUGGAGGAGGUGGUGGUGGUGGAGACGGUUGAGGAAUACAUGGAGCCAGAUCCAUGUUGGACAGAUGCGUGUGUGGCCAAAUACAAGUGCUGCGAUGUUGACAUCACCAUGGGAUGGGGUAAGAGCUGGUGGUUCCUGAGAAAAACCUGCUACCUGAUUGUGGAACACAACUGGUUUGAGACCCUCAUCAUCUUCAUGAUUCUCCUCAGCAGUGGUGCCCUGGCCUUUGAGGAUGUGUACAUUGAGCAGAGGAAGACCAUUCGGAUCAUUCUGGAGUAUGCUGACAGGGUGUUCACCUACAUUUUUAUCCUGGAGAUGUUGCUGAAGUGGGUCGCCUAUGGUUUUGUCAAGUAUUUCACCAAUGCCUGGUGUUGGCUAGACUUCUUCAUUGUGGAUGUGUCUAUAGUCAGCCUUGUAGCUAAUGCGCUGGGCUACUCCGAUCUAGGGCCCAUUAAAUCACUCAGGACACUAAGGGCCUUGAGACCCCUCAGAGCCUUGUCACGUUUUGAAGGGAUGAGGGUGGUAGUCAACGCCUUGGUGGGUGCCAUCCCUUCCAUUAUGAAUGUGUUGCUGGUUUGCCUCAUCUUUUGGCUGAUUUUCAGUAUCAUGGGGGUCAAUCUCUUUGCGGGCAAGUACUACUACUGUUUCAAUGAGACGUCAGAGGAGUAUUUUCCCGUCAACGUGGUCAACAACAAGACCCAGUGCCUCGAACUCGUUAACCAAAACUUUUCUGAGGUCAGGUGGAAGAAUGUCAAGAUCAACUUUGACAAUGUGGGCGCCGGCUAUCUUGCGCUGCUGCAAGUGGCCACAUUCAAAGGGUGGAUGGACAUCAUGUAUGCAGCUGUGGAUUCAAGAGAGGUGGAGGACCAACCUGACUAUGAAGUCAAUAUCUACAUGUACAUCUACUUUGUUGUCUUCAUCAUAUUCGGCUCCUUCUUCACCCUCAACCUCUUCAUUGGUGUGAUCAUUGACAACUUCAACCAGCAAAAGAAAAAGUUUGGAGGUCAGGACAUCUUCAUGACAGAGGAACAGAAGAAGUACUACAAUGCCAUGAAAAAACUGGGAUCCAAAAAGCCACAGAAACCUAUUCCUCGACCACAGAAUAAAAUCCAGGGGAUGGUGUUUGACUUUGUGACGCAGCAAGUCUUUGACAUCUCCAUCAUGAUACUAAUCUGCCUCAACAUGGUUACCAUGAUGGUGGAAACAGAUGAUCAGUCAGCUGAAACAGAGAAUGUCCUCUACUGGGUCAACUUCAUCUUUAUUGUAAUCUUUACCACGGAGUUCUUGCUGAAGCUUUUUGCCCUUCGACACUAUUACUUCACCAAUGGCUGGAAUAUCUUCGACGUGGUGGUGGUCAUCCUGUCCAUUGUUGGUAUGUUCCUGGCUGACCUCAUUGAGAAGUACUUUGUGUCACCAACCUUGUUCAGGGUGAUCAGGUUGGCUCGUAUUGGCCGUAUUCUUCGUCUGAUCAAAGGAGCGAAGGGCAUCCGGACUUUACUCUUCGCUUUAAUGAUGUCACUGCCAGCUCUGUUCAAUAUUGGCCUACUGCUCUUCCUGGUCAUGUUCAUCUUCUCCAUAUUUGGCAUGUCUAACUUUGGUUACGUAAAACAUGGAGCAGGCAUUGAUGACCUGUAUAACUUUGAGACCUUUGGCAACAGCAUGAUCAUCCUGUUCAUGAUCACCACAUCGGCUGGCUGGGACGGCUUGCUGCUGCCGAUCCUUAACUACCCGCCGGACUGUGAUCCCAACUUGGAGAACCCUGGGACUUCGGUAAAGGGUGACUGUGGUAAUCCCUCAGUGGGGAUCUUCUUUUUUGUCAUGUAUAUCAUCAUAUCUUUCCUCAUUGUGGUUAACAUGUACAUCGCCAUCAUCCUGGAGAACUUCAGUGUGGCUACAGAGGAAAGUGCUGAUCCACUCAGCGAGGACGACUUUGAGACCUUCUAUGAGAUCUGGGAGAAGUUCGAUCCCACUGCCUCUCAGUUCAUUUCUUUUGCCAAGCUGCCCGACUUUGCUGAUGCAUUGGAGCACCCACUUCGUGUGCCAAAGCCCAACACCAUAGAACUAAUUGCCAUGGACAUGCCCAUGGUGAGUGGCGAUCGCAUUCACUGCCUGGACAUCUUGUUUGCCUUCACAAAGCGUGUGCUGGGUGACAGCGGUGAGUUGGACAUGCUGAGGCAGCAGAUGGAGGAGCGUUUCGUGGCAGCCAACCCCUCCAAGGUGUCGUAUGAACCCAUCACCACCACCCUCCGCCGCAAACAGGAGGAUGUCUCUGCCAGAAUUAUCCAGAAUGCCUACCGCGCUCACCUCAUCAGGCGUGGGAUCAUCUUCAAGCGGGCUUUUGCUAACAAUAAGCUGGAGAACGGCGGGACCAACCAGGAGAAGAAGGAGAGCACACCAUCCACAGCCUCUCUCCCAUCUUAUGACAGCGUGACCAAACCUGAAAAGGAGAAGCAGGAUGAUAACAAGGAGGAGUGGGCCAGGAAAGAGAAGGACAAAAACCAAAAAGAUGAGUGGGAAUCCAAAUGUUAGGAUUCAGUGACUUAUAAAAUCCAAUAAACACAGCCAGAUGAGACUCUGAGCCCAACAAAUGUAGAAAAAGUGAUGAUCAUUUGCAAGUAAGAGAAAUAUAACAAACAAAAAUAUACAAAAAAAUGUUUACAUACUCAAAUACUGCUGAGGCAAUGUGGUUUCCUAUGUUGUCAAAGACAGCUGAACCAAACACAAUCAGUUUACUGCUGAACUUUUUCUGCAUUGAGACCAAGUUCAUAGAAAUGAGGAAUAAAAAAAAACAUGCUGAAAAACAGUAACUCACAGUGUGCUGGCCAGUGGCACACAUUUCUUUGGGGACCAACUGCCAAGGUACAGAAAUCUCUGCCAGAUGAUUGGACAAUUGCGAAAUACCUGCCACCACCAAGUGUGGAACCCCGCAGCGAUGCGCCAGUGCUACGGGACUGGAUCAUGCCGAUCCCAAUAGAACUGUAUUAGCAGUCUAAAGGAGGGUCUUUAACACUGAGUUUACCAUCUUUAUCAAGGAGAAAACAAUAAUCAACCAAGCAAGUUUAGCUUUGAAAGAAACACUAGUGAGGGAGGGGGAAACCCAGAACCGUAGACAAAGAUUUUUCUGUUUGUUUGUGCUGAGUAUACUUGCAUCUUUACAUUAUUUGAGCAGCAAAAAAAUAAUAACAUUUAGCCCAUGUCACUGGUCUUUCCAUCUUCUCUUUGUUAUACUGACAUUGAAAAAAGACAUUUUCUACAUGGGCUUUCACACUCACUGGGUAGGGGUCAUUAGUCAUUAUUUUGACUUGGGCUGAAGGAGACUUGCUCAGACCGAGUUCCAGAUAAAUAAUAAUUAUUGUGCUCGUUCAAUGCAUAGAAGUGACUUGCAUGAAGGCAUGUUUUGAUCAGGAAUCAUGCAUGAGUAAUCAUAGUCCACAAGACACUAAUUCUCAGACCACUGCAGUGGCUUGACUACAAGUUAGAGGCUGUCCACGUGGGAAAUUAGAAGAACUUCAAAUGGAAAAAUAAAGAUUUUGGAUAAUGACAUUUAGAAUAUUGGGGGAAUGAUAUUCCUGUGAUCCCUGUGACCUUUCACUAGUUUUCCAUUUUAACAGACAUCUUUUAAUUCAGCUUCUAAUUCAGAUUUUUUUUUCAUGUGAAUGGAAGAUAAAGUAGUCAAGAGGCAAAUUCUCAGUCGGAUCAGCCAACAACACGAAAUAGGAGAGUGUUUUUUUGCUGCUCUGAAUGUUAAUCAACAAUGAAAUAUUGUGGAGUGUAUGAGUUAUUAGGAAGCAGAAUAUCCUCAUGUUGAGGCUGCGCAGAGAUUUGGGGCUUACAUCUCUUUGUUUGCUCACCCUGGAGUCACUUUUUUUGUUUCCUGUGGUCCUUGUUAGGGCAGCGAGAGCAGGUGAUUUUUCACGCCAAGGAAUCCAUAUCUGGCACCAGUAAGCGUCCGGUGUGCUUGUGCAUCAGUUGGUGUCCCCUUGACUGCUGUAAUUCCUGCAGAGGGGCCAGAAAUAUGGUCGUGUUUUUUUUUUUUCUUUCUUUCUUGUGUGCGUGUGGAUGACUAGUGGGAGAUCUUUAAGUUGUUUAGGUACAUACACCGAACAUGUUUACUGAUUCAUUUCAUUAAAGUUCCCCUUUUGUACUCUGUCAGGUCCACAUCAGACUUUCCCAGUGAGCAAUGUCUUAGGCAGUGCUUUGCAAACGAUUUGAAUUGCCAGCUUUAGGAAAAAGCCUUGAAUUCCUCUCUGAUGUCCUUGUAAUGCAGUCAUUCUCAGGCUUUUAUCAGUGGGAAUGACACCGACCGUUUGAUACCACGAAGUUAGCGGUGAAUUGUCAUGAGGGCAUGCCUAGCGUGUGUGUAAGGUGGAUAGCCAUGAAGGCUCAUGGUUUGGGAUGUCGAAUUAAAUGGAUGCUUUUUGGUAUUUUAGGGAGGUGGGUGUGUUGUAAGUGACAGAAGAUAAAGGUGGACCUUAGAGAUCUUCCCUUCAGAGUCUGACUGCCAUGAGAAGAUGAGAGCAGGGGAAUAGAAGAGUGCUUUGGUCUGAGUUGGAGUGCUGAAAGUCCCAUGUUUGUCAGUGUAUCAAUGUGCUUUUGUGGGACCUCUCAAACACUGUGUGGUGUUGGACCCAGACUCACACCAUCUUUUCACAUACUUGCAGGCUUUCAAAACGCUGUCACCUGCUUCAAAAAUGAUUAGCCAGAAAUGGAGUUAGGAGGGCUAACACUCGCCCCAAAAAAAUACAUCAGCAGGCCUCUCAUCGACGCAGUUAUGUUGUAUAAUAAGCUUUGUGGGUGUUUUUCAUAUUUAAAAACAAAACAACAACAAAAAAAACAAAACAGAGGCUUUGUCCGUUGCUAGACAAGACACAACUGCCUCCAUAGGUGUUCUGCCAUUUGUUUUCUACACAGGAGUGAUGGUCCUAUUUGUAAGUGGAUGACCAGACUUAAAUCUGGCAUCCAUUGUCACACCACUAAUGCCAUUUGGUGUGUUUAACACUGCCUGUACCAGAAUCCCCUGUACAACAACGACUGAGGUCUGUUUACAAUAUGAGGUCUCUGAAUCAGUUUGGCUGCUGCACACUGAAACCAAAUACAUUCCCAAUGAGAACCACAGGAGGAGCGAGUAAUGUCAUCCGAUUUACCCAUGUUCAUCUUGGAUGUAAUGUUUUAGAAUGAUACAUUCACACUUGAAAAAAAAAGAGGGAAAAAAAAAACAAAAGCAAAAAAAAUAAAUAAAAAUUAAAAAAGCCAAAAAAAACCAAAACAAAAACACAAAAACAUAUAUAUGUACAGUGCAGGCUAUGAUGUAAAUGGCACAAUCGCUGAAAAAGAAUGAACUUUUUGAGAGAAACUAUAAAUAUUGUAUUAUAUUCUUUUAUUUUAUUGGCAUGCUUUGUUGUGUUUUUUGUAAAUACGGAAUUUUAAAAAUGUUACUACUAAUAAUCAAAAAAAUGAAUAAUAACAAUAUAGAAUGGCUUCCAGCUAUGCCCUUUGUCACAUUUGUUACUUUUUGGAUUUUUUGAGACACUUUUCACUUUGUUGACGGAAAUUGAAUGAAAUAUAGAUAUUAUAUAAUACAAAAGAUAUAUACAUGUAUGCAUAUAUGUCUAUAUGUAUAUACAUAAAACAGAAAAAACACUGUCACAUUUAAUUUAUGUGCAACACGUUCAGUGGAUGUCUAAAACUGGUUGUUUCCAGCACCCUUCUAUGUUGGGGAAUUGCUCAUGUGCGAUGUUACUGGAUGUAGCCUAAACAUGACAAACGGAUAAUGUUACCAGCACAUUUCUCACUUAACUGUCAUAUCUCUCACGGUCAGAGUAUACAGGACACACCCCACAGUCACAGACACAGACACACGAAGGUGACUUUUCCUCACUGCCCACCAACAUUACCCGGUGAUCUCUUCCAAGAAGGACAUCAGCUGGUGUGACUGACUGCCUCACGCACCCUGAGACAAUUCCUACCCCAGGGACUUUUUUUUCCUCACAUGCCCACACAUCAGUGCCAUUGCAGCUCAACACACAUACAGUCAUGUACUUGCUUCUCAUUCUCACAUUAUUUUUGUUGAAUGGUUUCUUUCUAGUGUUCCACUCUAUGGCAUGUGCCUUUUUUCUGCUUUUUCUGCGAAUUUGGAUGUCAAUGCCACACUGAAAAAGAAAAAAAAAACAAAAAAAAAAACCAACUUAACAAAAAACAACAACAACAAAAAAGAAACAAAAAUAUAUUUCCAAACUGUGGAGGGUUGGAGCUUUGGGGGUGAGCACAACAUUAAUCAGGGAUGUCGACUUAGAAAUACUGCCGGAGGAUCAUCCAGACACCCCACUUCAUCUUAAUAUUCAACAGUGUGUGAUGUUAACAGAAAAACAGCAAACUCAAAAAUGUCCUGUUCUUAGUGCUAUGUGUGUCACCCACUUGGCUUGUGAAAAAGCAGCUUGCCUUCUAUAUUUUGGUUUUCUUUCUUCUGUAUUUCUGUUUCCAUCUGAAAUUUAUUUUUGUAUCAAUAUUUGAUUAUAGGACUCAUUCUUUUUUUUUUUUUAGCAUGGUUUAUUAUGGGCAUUUUUUUUCUUUUUUGCUGAAAAAUUAAAAAGUGCUUUUCAAACUGUUGUUAUCAUUUGACACCGUGAUAAAAGAGGAUAUACAGUACAAUAUGAUGGUGUGUUGCACAACCACUUGGACUCUUGGUAAGAAUAUAUGAAAGAUUGUCUUCAUUUGAGCACGAACCUUUUUAUUACCAAUAAAGCAGCCUUCCAGUUACAA